AUGUUGGUACAUCUCAGGUUGCAGGACCGUCCAGAGAUUCCGACAUAUCAGCAACAUACAGCCUGGACGAUGCACAAGGUAUUUGAUGAGUGUAUGGAUGAUCCUGACCCAAAUUUAGGAUGUAAAUGGUGCGGUAUCAGACAGUAUAUUUUUAGUGAAGAUCCGGUUUCCGAGUUUACAAAAUUUGCCACACGAAAAAUGAGUCAUUUCGCGGAAACCGUUUGUAUAGCACAUAAUGCUAAAGGGUUUGAUGCUCAAUUUAUCUUGAGUCAUCUUAUUAAAGAGAAAGGACUUAGAAAUACACCUGAAAUUAUUUUAAAUGGGACUAGUAUCCUUUUGAUGAAGGUAAAUCAAACCCGUUUUCUUGACAGCUUGAAUUACCUUCACAUGCCAUUAAGCCAAUUGCCUGAAGCUUUUGGUUUAGAAGAGGCAAAAAAGGGUACAUUUCCCUAUUUAUUUAAUACUCCUGAAAAUCAAGAGUACAUUGGAAAAAUACCUGAUGCCAAAUAUUUUUCACCUGAUACAAUGUCUCGUGAGGCUCGGGAGUCAUUUUACAAGUGCGAUUUGGCUUUUAGAGAAUUAUUUCUUAAAGUUGCCAGUGUCGAUCCAUUUAUUGAGAGCAUAGCAAUUGCAUCUUGCUGCUCAAAAGUUUUCAGAAAAAACGAUCUAAAAGCUGAUGAAAUAGGUGUCAUAUCAAACGGUGGUUAUAGAAGGGCUGAUAGACAGUCGAAAAAAAGUCAUCGAAUGGUUAUUAGCCUUAGAACGCGAUUUGAACAUUGA